GUCACGAAGCUCCGCCCACAUGCGUAAUAUCCUAUCUUCAGUGUAUGUGUAUCGUGGUUGGCAAUAAUAAAUCGGGUAUAAAUCUAAUAAAACUUGUUUGCGGUGUUUUGUUUUUUAUGCAAAUGAACUUUUCUAAAUAAAAUUGCGGUUAGCAAGUACAAAAUGAAUCUGCAGCGUACAAAAAACCAAAACAAAAUACGGCUAAGCGCUCUUGAUGACGGCAACGGCCAACGGUCCGUUUUUAAAAACGGACCGGUGCCCGUAGUAGUUCAGUAGUCUUCAGGUGUAUAUGAACGUUUGUUCACGCAACGGGAGUCGAUCCGUUGGCUGCCUUCCCGCCGGCUACACAUCCGAUCUCCCUCGAGCGACGUUCAUCGGCCCGAUGCAGUGAAUCGUGCAAGUGAAUGCAAGUCUGUUGAAGACGUUGGACGGACAUCCGUUUUAGCUCCCCAACAAUUUUGUUUAGUUUGUGUUUAAAAGGCUCCACGUGUGUACAUAAAAUAUGGAUCACCAAAUUGAUAUACGUAGAAGCUUUAAUUAGUGCCGUGGAAAAGAGACCAGUACUAUGGGACAAAACCACAGAGAUUUACAAAAAUAAGCAGCUCAAUUUUACGGCAUGGAAAGAAAUCUGCAUGAUUUUACAUGAAAGCUUCGAUACAUUAUCGGACAAAGAAAAAAACGAUUUUGGCAAAGAAGUUAUAAAGAAGUGGAGUAAUGCAAGAGAUAACUGGAUGAGAUGCUCUAAGAAAAUGAAAGAGUACAAGUCAGGUUCUGAAGCAAAGCCAAUUACAAAAUAUAAAUUUUAUGAGCAGAUGCAAUUUUUAAAUAAAAUUGUGAGUCAUCGACCAACAGAAACAAAUAUGCCAUCUGCUGAAACCGACGUAGAAACCGCGGUCAAAGAUGACUGUUCAGUCCCAAAAAAGAGAGGGAAGAAAGAAGUUAAAGAGGAUCCCUUGAACAAAAGGAUUAGUAACCUACUAGACUCUUCCGAAAAAGAAGACAAUAGCAGAAUAAUGUGUUUUUUUAAAGGAAUUGCACCGACCAUAGAAAAAUUUUGUGAUGCUGAUAUCGUAAAUUUUCAGUACGAGCUAUAACCAGUGUGCACUGUAUCUUGAAGCCCC